AUGGGAAAAGACUAUUACACUACUUUGCAGAUUAACCGAAAUGCAACUGACUUGGACAUUAAACAGUCGUAUCGUCGACUAGCACUGAAAUAUCAUCCUCAGAACAACUGCCAGCCAGGUGCUUCUGAAAUAUUCAACCAACUUGGAGAAGCCUACGAUGUUCUGGGUGACCCUCGGAAAAAGGCCACGUAUGAUAAGUUUGGAGAGGAAGGCCUAAGACAUGGAAUACCUCCAGAGUCAGUGGUAAGUGGCGCAUGGUCAUCGGGAUACACCUACCAUAAAAAUCCUGAGGAAACAUUCAGACAGUUCUUUGGCGGAAAUAAUCCUUUCGCUGAUUUUCAAACCACAGAAGUGGACCUCAGUUUUGGAGGCCUCCAUGGACAGCUGGUGAAAAGGCAGGAUCCACCUAUUGAACGUGACCUGUAUUUAACCUUAGAGGACCUUUACCAUGGAUGCACCAAAAAGAUAAAGAUAUCCCGAAGUGUGAUGAAUGAAGAUGGUCAGACAACAAGCAUCAAAGACAAGGUUUUAACAAUCAUGGUGAAACCAGGCUGGAAGGAAGGUACAAGGAUUACAUUCCCUAAAGAGGGUAAUCAGGGGCUGAACAUCAUCCCAGCAGACAUCAUUUUCAUUGUUCGUCAAAAGCCCCACCCCCUGUUUGUCCGUCAAAAUAACAACUUGAUUUACACAGAAAACAUCUCAUUGAAGGAGGCAUUAACUGGGUUUUCAGUGGAUGUGGAGACACUAGAUGGCAAACUUCUCAAUAUUCCUGUCAAUGACAUUGUACACCCGGAGUACAGCAAGCUGGUGAUAGGAGAGGGAAUGCCUUUAUCCAGCAACCCAGCUGCACGUGGAGACCUGAUCAUCCAGUUUAAUACACAGUUCCCACAGAAUCUUUCUGCUGAGCAGAAACUGCCGAUUAAGAAAGCCCUCCACAUGUGA